AGUUUUUAAACAUAUAUGAAUAAAAAUUAUAUCACCAUGAAAUAAAAAACACAUCAAAGUCAAUACAUCACUAAAUAGUAGAUUUUUUAAAUUCACGUUGGCAGCUGUAGAAAAUGACAUUGUUGACACUGACGUUUGAAUUUUGACAAUCAAUAUAAUUUACAGAUUUACCAGCUGAGCUUCAAAUGCUAGCCUCAGUGUAAAAUUGCUGAGUUUAAUUAAUUUUUAUUAUGGGCGACGAAGAAUUAAAUUCUAGUAAAACAUGUGAUAAAAAGAAACAUAAUGUUGUUAUAAUUGGGGCCGGUAUGGCCGGCUUAGCCGCCGCCAAUUACCUUAUCAACAAUGGUAUGGAAGAUUUUAUCAUAAUAGAAGCAAGAAAACGCAUAGGUGGUCGAAUUAUUUCAAUACCAAUGAAGAAUCAUAGAGUAGAAUUAGGAGCAAAUUGGAUACAUGGCGUUCUUGGUAAUCCCAUAUAUGAACUGGCCACAGCAAAUGGACUUGUCAAUAUCAUUAAUGUACCGAAACCGCAUAAGGUUAUAGCGGCGACAGAAGAUGGCAAGCAGGCACCAUUCAAUGUUCUGCAGGAGAUUCAUGAGGCAUAUGUUUGUUUUUUGCGCAGAUGCGAAGAAUACUUCUUGUGUCAGUAUUUGCCACCACCAGACAUAAACAGUGUGGGUGAGCAUAUAAAUCUAGAAGCUACAAUAUACUUAGAACGCUUGCCGUCGUCUGAAGAAAAGAAACUCCGUCGAUUGAUCUUCGACUGUCUUUUAAGAAGGGAAACAUGUAUAUCUGGAUGUAAUUCUAUGGACGAAAUUGAUCUCUCAGAACUUGGUAGUUAUACAGAAUUACAGGGUGGUAAUAUAUUAAUACCCUCUGGGUACAGUAGUAUUUUACAAUUGAUGACAAAAAAUAUUCCUUCUGAGAAAAUAAUAUCAAAUUGCCCAGUGAAAAAAAUUAACUGGAACUCUAAUGGUAAUUCUGAUGAUUUAGGAGAAGAAUCAGAAGAUUCAGAUCAAACUGUGAUAGAGGAUGUUUCUAAGGCAUCAAAUAAUGAUAAGAUACCUAAGUUGCAUGUUAAUGUGGAAGAAAAACCAAAGAAGAGAUCAAACUAUGUAGAAGUACAAUGUGACAAUGGAGAAAAUUAUUAUGCUAAUCAUGUUAUAUGCACAAUACCAUUGGGAGUGCUUAAAGAUCAUGCAGCAACAUUAUUUGAUCCUCAAUUACCACAGUACAAAAACGAGUCAAUAGAACGACUAUUAUUUACCCCUGUUGAUAAAAUUUUUUUAGAGUAUGAUAGACCUUUUCUUAAUCCUGACAUAACUGAAAUUAUGUUGUUAUGGGAUAACUCAGGUGCCCAGGAAAGUAUGGCUGAUUCAUGGUACAAAAAAAUGUAUUCUUUUACUAAAGUAAGUGAGACCCUAUUGCUGGGUUGGGUUUCAGGUAAAGAGGCUGAAUAUAUGGAAACUCUAUCCAUGGAAGAAGUAGGAAUAACUUGUACUAAAAUUUUGAGGAAAUUUUUAAAUGAUCCCUUUGUCCCUGAACCAAUAUUGUGUGUGUGCACAAGUUGGAAUAAACAGGCUUACACACGAGGUGCAUAUACUGCCAUAGCAGUAGGAGCAAGUCAAAGCGAUAUUGAGAGCUUAGCACAACCUUUGUUUAGAAAUGCAAGAGAUAAAAAGCCAGUAUUACUGUUUGCGGGUGAACAUACACAUAGCAGCUUCUAUUCUACUGUGCAUGGAGCUUUUUUGUCUGGUCAAACUGCAGCAAAAAGGGUAUUGAGCCCAGAUGUGUCUGGUGAGAAUGAAUUGGAAUGUCCUGGCUCAGCAGAUUUGCAAGCAUGGAUACAAGGCAUUCAGAUAAACGGGUAAUAUCGCUUUUAGAGAAAGCCAUUUACAAUUUACAUAACCUGUGACUCAAUUUUAAAUGCAGUCAAUCAGAAAAAUUAUUUGUAUUUUGCAAUUUAAAACUCGCACAAAUAUUACAAUUUAUUGGCAGAUGUAAUUAAGAGACUGGCAAGGUAAUAAGUACAUAAGCUUUUGUUGGGCAAAAGCACCUACAUGACAAUGGCAGCAGGCCUGUUAUAAUUUAUAUAGACUCUGUAGAAUGUGAUAGUAAUUAAUAUUUAUUUAGGUUAAUAGAAGUCUGGGUGAUAGUUUGUAGAUGACCAUUUGAGAACACAAUACUUAUUUACUUUUUUUUAAAUAUGAGAAAUGAAUUAGAAUACAACAAUGAAACGAUUGUGUGAUUUUUUUAAUGAACUGCUUAAAUUUUUUUUGCUUAUGCAUUGAAGAUGUUUUUACUUUAAUGAUGCUUUGCAAUUUGUUAUUGGGUUGUGAUAAAUGAUUUGAUAGAUUACAUGCUAAAUUUAUUUAUUGUUGUUUUUUGAUGAAGUGUUGACAUUGCUUUUCAAAUAUAAAUGUAUUUCUUACCAUAAUUGUAGUGGAAAUUUACAGUUUUAUAUCAGUGCAAUAAUGUUUUGUAUAGUCUUAUUAUUCAUAGCUUUCCUAUGAUUAAACUAUUGUUGAUAAUUACAAUAGAUGACGGUACAUAUUGAAAGUAUCUAAUUGAUUAUUUCAAGACAACAUAUAGAAAGGGGUGUUUAUGAUUUUUUUGACUUAAUGUUAAUAACUAAAGUCUUGCAGAUACAUCAGAUAAUGUUUAAAUUUUCCAUCUUAUAUAAAGAAGUAUUAUACUCACCCAAAGUUACAGACUGUACAGUGCAUACCAAAGUUUCUUACCAUAAUAGCAUAGCAAGUUUUUGGAAUCAAUGUAGUAUUAUAUUCUUUUUUGGCAUUGUAAAUAAAUGAAAUUGUAAAAAUGA